CCAAAUCAUCUAUUUUCUCUUGGGUAUGCAAUUUCUUCAACUUCCUUCCCCCUCAUUUUCCUCUUUUUUAUUUUAGUGUUGGUAGAUUUUGUGCAGAAAUAUGGGUUCAUCCCUAUGGAUUCUGUUGGUGGGCGUGUUGUUUAUGGUCUCUGGAACAAUGGGAGUCCCCCCUAGAAGGCCAGUAGCAGUCCCAUUCGGGAGGAACUAUGUGCCUACUUGGGCUUUUGAUCAUAUCAAGUACUACAAUGGUGGCUCCAAUAUCGAGCUUUACCUUGACAUGUAUACUGGUACUGGUUUCCAGUCAAAAGGAUCUUACUUGUUUGGACAUUUUAGUAUGCAAAUCAAGAUGGUUCCCGGAGAUUCUGCCGGAACUGUUACUGCCUUUUAUUUAUCUUCUCAAAACUCGGAGCAUGACGAGAUAGAUUUCGAGUUCCUGGGGAACAGGACAGGACAGCCAUACAUUCUGCAGACCAAUGUGUUCACCGGAGGAAAGGGUGACAGAGAACAAAGGAUUUAUCUUUGGUUCGACCCAACCAAAGACUACCACUCCUACUCUGUCCUCUGGAAUCUCUACCAGAUUGUAUUCUUUGUCGAUGACGUGCCGAUUAGAGUGUUCAAGAACUGCAAAGAUUUGGGGGUGAGCUUCCCAUUCAACCAGCCGAUGAAGAUAUACUCGAGCCUGUGGAACGCCGACGACUGGGCCACGAGGGGUGGUCUGGAGAAGACAGAUUGGUCCAAAGCACCAUUCGUAGCAGCCUACAAGGGGUUCCACGUCGAUGGGUGCGAGUCAUCCGUGGAAGCCAAGUUCUGUGCCACACAGGGGAAGCGGUGGUGGGACCAAAAGGAGUUCCAGGACCUGGACUCGUACCAAUGGAGGAGGCUGGCCUGGGUCCGCAGCAAGUACACCAUCUACAACUAUUGCAACGACAGGAGCCGAUACCCUACCAUGCCUGCCGAGUGCAGGAGAGACAGGGACGUCUAAAUUUAUAAUUUAAAACCCUAAUCAACAUAUGAUUUCCAGUACUAUAAUGAUAUAAAAGCAAGUACAUGAGAUGGAUCAUGUUGGGAUGCUUUUCUUUCAUUUCUUUCAAGCUUCGUUGUUGGGUGGCCUUCUGUAUUUGUUAUGUAAUAUUUAUUCGGAGAAUUUGUUAUCAUGAUAA